UAGGAAAGCAGAUAAAUGUCAGUGACCUAAAAAAAGCUCUAAAAGACAUGAAAGUAGAAGUCACAGAUAAGGAAUACUUGAAUUUAGUAAAAACUCUACCAGUUGAUGUUGAAGGAAAGGUGUUUCAAAAAAGGUUGCUAGACAGUGUGAAGAAUCUUAAAAGAGGAAAGAUUGAUAUGACUAACCUGGUCACGUUUUUGGAAAAUAUGGGGAUUGAGCUUUCACAUAAAGAGCUUGAAGAUUUUUCACAAUACCUGCCAGUUGAUGUGGAUGGGAAAGUUGAUCUAAAAAAUGUGGCACUGAGUAUGAAAGACUUUACUGGAGAAAAGAUUAAUGCCAGUGAUCUGAAAAAUGUUCUUGGAGACAUGGGGAUAGAAGUCAAUGAUAAGGAAUGUCUGGAACUGCUAAAAUUACUGCCAGUUGAUGAUGAUAAGAAAGUUUUUCAGAAUAGACUGCUAGCAGCUUUGAAGUCUUUUAAAGGUGGAAAAGUUGAUGUCAAUAAUCUGAAUCCAGUUCUGGAGAGCAUGGGGAUCAAGCUCAGAAAUAAGGAACUUAAAAGUGUAGUGGAAAAGCAACCUAUUGAUGUUGAUGGAAAUAUUCCUCUGAAAAAAGUGAUGAGUAAUAUCAAGGCAGUUACAGGAGAAAAAAUUAAUGUAGAAGAUCUGAAAAAUAUUCUGGAAGGCUUUGGGAUAGAAUUCACACCUAAAGAAUACUCGGAACUGGUGAAAAACCUGCCAGUUGAUGAUGAUGGGAAUAUAUAUGAAAAUAGAUUGCUAGAUGGUGUGAAAUCUUUCAAUGGUGGGAAGGUUGAUGUCAGUAAUCUGGACAACGUUUUGGGAAACAUGAAAAUCAAAUUCCCAGAUAACAAGCUCAAAGAUUUGGCACAAAAGCUACCAGUUGAUGUGUUUGGCAAGACUGAUCUGCAUAAACUGCUAAAAGAAAUCAAGAAAAUAACAGGAGAAAAAGUUGGAGCCAAGGACAUACACAAAACACUAAGAAACCUGGGAAUAGAGCUCACAAAUAGGGAAAUCUGGGAGCUGUUGAAAAUAUUGCCAUUUGCUGAUGAUAAAAAGGUAGAGAAAAAUGAUUUGCUCAAUCACAUCAAGGCUUUUCCUGGUGGGAAGUGUCAUGUCUCUAAACUGGAAACCAUCCUGGAAAACUUGGGUUAUGACCUGGAGAAUGAGGAAGUUGAGGACCUGAGGAACCACCUGCCAGUUGAUGAUGAAAAGGUUAAACCAAAUACUCUCAUGGAAAAUGUUGAGUCAUUCAAAGGAGCCAAGAUUAAUGCUGAUGAAGUAGAUGGUGUUUUGAAAAACAUAGGGAUAGAACUCACACCUAAGGAACGCUGGAAGCUGCUUAAAACUCUACCACUUACUUAUGACAGAAAGUACUAUCAAAAACGGUUGCUACAGGGUUUAAAGACUUUCCAAGGAGGACAUGUUUUAGAAAAUAAACUAGGAACCACUUUGACAAACCUGAACUCUGAACUUGAAAAUAAAGAAUUAAAUGAUCUAUGUAACUAUUUGGAAAUUGACAAUAAUGGAAAAGUUCCUCUGAACUCCCUGAUGAACACAGCAAGUUUAUUUUCUGGUAAUAAGAUUAAUGCCAAGGACACACAACUUUAUCUGGAAAAUAUAGGUAUUGAAUUAACAAAGAGUGAAAGUGAGGAGCUAUUGGACACACUGCCAUUGGAUGAAAAUCAAAUGGUGUAUAAAAACAGGUUGAUGGAUGGAGUAAAGAAAUACAGAGGAGGAAAGGUUAAUAUCAAUAAAAUAGAUGAUGCUCUCAAGAACUUGGGAUUCCCACUUGAUGAGGAAGACAUUGAGGAACUAUGCAGUCACCUGCCAAUUGAUGUUGAGAGAAAGGUUAAACUGGAUAGACUUCUAGAUGAAGUACAAGAACUUCUAGGGGAGGUUCUUGACCAUAACGAUCUGGGAAAUCUUCUGAAAGACAUAGGGUUAAGAGACCAACUGAAGGAGAAUUCUGUGUUGAGGAAAAGUUUGCUACUCGAUGCUGCUGGAAAGCUGUACAAACAUAAGCUGCUGGACAGCAUAAAGUCUCUCAGAGGAGUGGAUCUUAAUGUUAAUAAGCUGGACUCUUUCAUGGAAAAUAUGGGCUUUAAGAUUGAAGAAGAACAUAAAGACCUGCUAAACAACUUGCCCGUGGAUGAUGAGGGAAAAGUAGACGUGAGUGUGGUAAUGGAUGAAGGAAACUUCUUUACAAGUGAGAAAGUUGAUACUAGUAACCUGGAAAAUUUUCUGGAAAACAUGGGGAUAGAGCUCACAGAAGAUAAAGGCAUGGAACUACUGAACAAACUUCCAGUUGAUGCCAAAAGAAGGGUGUAUAUGAACAGGUUGAUGAAAGAAUUGAGGUCUCUUGAAGGGACAAAGGUAUCUUCAGAUAAAAUGGACAUUUGCCUUAAAAACAUGGGAAUUGAUCUCACAGAGGAAGAAAUCCAGGAACUAAAGGACCACCUACCAGUUGAUGGAGAGAAGAUUCGCACUGAGGACCUGAAAAAUGUUCUUAAAAACAUGGGAAUAGAGAUCACAAAAAAGGAACACAAGAAGCUUAUAAAAACUCUGCCCGUUUCUGCUGAUAAAAAGGUGUUUAAGAAAGAAUUACUGAGGGGUGUGAAGUCUUUCAAAGGAGGCAAGGUUACGGUCAGUGACCUAAGUAAUGUUCUACAAAACACUGGAUUCAAACUUGAAGCAAAGGAAAUCCAGGACUUGCAGACCCACCUGCCAAUUACUGAAGAUCAAAAGGUUGGCUUGGAUGUGUUGAUGGAUGCAGCAAAUACUUUUACAGGAGACAAGGUGGAAGCCAGUGACUUUAAAACUGUGCUGGGAAACAUGGGACUCGAGCUCACUGAAAAAGAACAGUUUCUGCUGUCAAAAACUCUGCCAAUCUCUAGAGAUGGAAAGGUAUAUAAGAAAAGAUUACUGAAUAGUGUGAAACCUCUCAAAGGGAAAAAAAUCAGUGUCAAUAAACUGGACACUCUAAUGAAGGACAUGGGAAUUCAGCCUGAGAAAGAGGACUAUGAAGAUUUUCUGACCCAUCUGCCAGUUGAUGAGAAUCAAAUGGUUGAUUUGGAUGUGGCAAUGGAUGAUGCAAAAGCUUUCAUUGGAGAGAAGGUUAAUGUCAGCGAUCUGAACAAUGUGAUGAGGAGAAUGGGGCUAGCACUCACUACUGAGGAGCAGAAGGAACUGCUGAAAACUCUGCCAGUUCAUGCUGAUGGAAAAGUAUUUAAGAAUAGAUUGCUAAAAAGUGUGAAGGCCCUCAAAGCACCAAGGGUCAAAAUAAAAAAACUGGAAUCUUUUGUGGAAAACAUGGGAGUUAAACUCAAAGAUGAGGAACUUGAGGAACUAAUGACCCAACUGUCAGCUGAUGGUAAUAGUACAGUUGGUCUGAAUGAUUUGAUGGAUGCUAUCAGUUACAUCAAGGGAGAGGUGAUUGAUAUCCUGGACUUAGACCACUUUCUAGCGAGCGAGGGAAUUGAGCUCAAUGAAAAAGAAAUGAAGAAAUUGAUGCCUCAUUUGAUAUUCAAUGAACAUGGGAAGGUUAAAGUGCAUUCAAUAAUGGAUGGCCUGAAGAAGAUUAAACGAAUGGGGUCUCUACAGAAACUAAUGAAAAUCACAGAUGAUACCAAAGACAGAGUUACUGGCCCUAUGGCAGUUUCUGAAAUUAAAGCAAAAUUUAAACUGAAUCCUUUAACAAAAGUACCCAGCUUCCACAGUAGGAGGGAUAAAGAUUUACCAGGACUACUGCCAUGUCAAUUACAGCACAAAGAAAGGAAGUUGAGCCCUUCACAAAUGCGAGCUUUCCAAGAUGCCUACAAUUUCUUUAACAAGGAUAAAACUGGCUGUAUUGAUUUACAUGGAAUGAUGUGCACUUUAGCUAAGUUGGGAAUGAAUCUAAUGAAGCACGAUGUCCAUAAUGAAUUAAGAUGUGCUGAUAUUGAUCAGGAUGGGAAGGUGAACUUCUCAGACUUUUUAAAGGUGCUAACAGAUAAGAACCGCUUCCUUAAGGCUGUGGUUCCAGAAAAGGGGACCUGUUUAGAUUUAGCUGGCAACCCAGGGAUCCUGUUGUUUGAAAUCCUAUCAAAGCUUAUAGAGACUUCAGCCUUACCCAAAAAGGCAAUAUCGGAAAUAGUAAGCUAUUUCCGAAGAAAAUUCCAGGAAACCACCUCAGGAAUGGUGUGGAGCCCCGAUACUACGGGUUAUGGAAAAAGGAGAUUUAAGCCAGACAUAUGCACACCUCCAAGCUCAAGCACAGCUGCCUUCGCUAAUGCUGCUCGGAUUGCAAUAAUGAAAGAAAAGGAUUUAUUUAAAUUUCUUGACGAGCUCAAGAAAUGCAAUCCUCCUUCAGAUAGCCCAUAUUCAAAAAUACCCAUCUUUCCACUGUUUCCUAAUGUGGAUGGAGUGGUAAUGGGAAAGCCAUUCAAGGACAUACAGAAAUUAGAAAUGCUGAAGAGAAAGGAACCUCUGAAUUUCUUUGAGAACUAUUUUUUCCAUAAAAAAGACUGGAAAACACAGGCAGCAAAUAUAAAACCUGUUGACCCUACCUCAGGCUACUCAACUAAUAUCCUCACCAUUGAUCAAAUGCUCAAGAGAAAGCAGAACUGGACAGUGGCUGAUGCAGCUGCUAUUAAACCACACGUAAAGAGAGCUACAGAAACCUAUAAUUUGGGGAUUGCCCUUGAGCACCGGAAACAAAUGCUCAACCUCUGGCGGAAGAUUCGAGGAGAUUUGAUUGGAAUAGAGAGUAAAAAUGAGUCCUUUUAUGACACCUUUUCUACUUAUACAUGGUCCUGGAAUGUCUGCCAAGAAUUACUUUCCCCGAAGGACCUAAAGUUAUACGAUGCCCACGUGAACAGGAAUGCCCUCCACAACUCUGUAUUCUCGUCCUCUUCAGAUAUCAGUGAAUGUGACACAGACACAGGAAGAAAAAGAAAACGGAAAGGCUUCAAGGGCUUUCGACAAUAAAACUACGUUUUCUUAACAGCUCAUCGCAAACUACUUUUUCAUAGAUAUCAAAAUUAUUCUUGCUUUCGUCUAAUACAUCCUCAGCAGCUGGAAACGUUGACAUCUUUUGAAUUCUGACCAGUAAAAAAGUUUAAGUCAUA